AAGUCAAGUCGGUGACUCAGUGUGUUUGGUCUGUUCAAUGUUGUUUGUGUUAGGCCUAGUACAGAACAUUGAAAUUUAACGGUUUGACCUAUUUAUUAUGGCUUUCCACGUAUAUCAUGACCACAAUUACUGCCAAGUGCAACAAGAAUUGCUAGAGAUGAAAGAAGAGUUAUUUAGUAUAUGUUCAACUUCACGAUUAGAAUCGGAGCCAGGUACGCCUGUUUCUCAGCCAUCGGCAUCGACAUCGGCGUCAUCCGAAAUAAUGUUGCAAAGAAUCAAUGUCAAUGUGAGUUGCAAUGAGAGUAUGAUGAGUAGCCACGAAAAGCCAGUUUUUUUCACAGACAUUUCAAGGCAUGCUUUUAACUAUGCAACCCAGCACAGGCUACAAUUAAAUAUCAAUGACAAUUUUGACUCGACUUCUGGAUGGUGGCUAAAAAUUGCACCAAUGCAUACAGACUUGCCUCAAGCCAAAGGUGGCCCUAUGAAUACCAUUACAAUUAUGGUUAAAGAGUCUGGGUCAGUUUACGUUAGAGUGCUAGAACAUAUAGUUGAGGAGAGCGAGUGUGUUGAGAAUGGAUAUUUUAUACCUGAAGCCUUCAUUGCAAUGCUUGGCAAACUGCAACAUGAAACGUGCUUUGGCAUAGAUGAAGAGAGCUACGAACAAUAUACAUCAAAUAUACAGUAUGAGACAAAGGCUUGUCAGAAACGUGACUUUCCGUUUCGCCACUAUGUUUCAAAAUCAUGUCUUAAAAUCAUGAAACCACGGAAAAGGAAACAUAAAAUGUGCAGUAAGUGUUGCAAGAUGAUGAAAAAUAUGAAACAUAGCAACACGCAGGUUGGAAAUGUUUUGCCAUCGCGCAAGAAAAGCCGCACAAUGCCAUCCUCUCGAUAUAACAUUCACCUACUGUCAUCAACUAGUCUUAGAGAACGCAUGCGCAACUCUGCACGCAAGACAGCUAGGCUCACUGCAAAAACUAUCAAAUUAGAAAAGAAAUUGGAAGAAUUGUAUGCCACUUUAAAUUAAUAACAAAGCACAGAAAUGGCUGUAGAAUUUCUAUCUAGCAGCAAACAAGGACAGAAUGUGUUCAACCAGCUAUACUUGCUGACACAGAGGAGAGAGCUGGAAAGGAAGUGAUAAAUGCCAUGAAGGAAACAAGGGAGAAAGACCAAGCACAACCAAACUGGAAACAAGUCAAAUGUGUGGUCUUCAGUCGCAUAUCGAAUAGGUUGCUGAAGACACGCCCAAAUAUGGAGCCGGCAGCGAGCUUGGGCGGGAGCAGAGAGAGAAGGCACGCAGAGAGAAGUACGGCCUUGUGAGAAAGAAAUACGAUCCUGAAGCACAACCAUGGUUGCUGCAAGGAGGAACAAAUGGGAAAAUGCAAGCUACAAUGCUACAAUGCUCCAACAAUGCCGUUUUCUUGCAUCUUCCUGAGUCAGCGCAGGUGUUCUUCAGCUUGGCGCGUUCUGGCUCCUGCUAGAUUUACUUCAUGACUCAACAAGCAGGGGCUCGCCAGCUGCUAGUGCUGUGCCGCCGCAGCGCAUUCCCACGCUACAGCAGCUGUCCCUCCUGAGGAUCACUCCAGAAACACGACGACCUGAGCGGGCGACGGACACGCCGACGUCAUAUCAUUUGUCUGCUUCGAUCGGUCAUUGUCGGACGAUGCGCCGGUCACUACGGGCCGGUUUCCCUGCGGUCAGUAAGAACAGCCUGCGGCGGCACGUCCCCAUGAAGACAAGACAAGCGUCGACCACCAACGGAUGCUCUCUGCUGAGGAAAUCAUCUCCUCUUAGUGCUGUCUCACGCUUUUUCGCUCUAAAACUGUAAUGAUUUAGCGUGUAUGCGUAAAAGUAGGGGGGAGAGACAGUGCCCGUAUUAUGUGUGCGCGUGCGUGCGUACGUGCGUACGUGCGUGUGUCUCGUUACUCUUACAGUAUCUUGCGCGCACUUCUCUCGAGUAAAACCCCCCUACCCAGCCCCUACCCCGGCGCUUUGUAUUGUGACCACGCUCCUUGCUCGCGUGUAGACCCGCCGCCGCUGCCCCCGACGCAUCUAGGAAAAAGAAGCUCUAUAGUUAUGUGCAAAGUGCAAAGAUCGUGAAUCUAACUAACGUAGGGCGCCCCCGUACGAGAGCUAUGCAUCGUCGCGUCGACGGUCAUGCGCUCUGGCCUCUCAUCGUCUGUAUUCUGCGGCGCACGCGACCUCACGCGGCAGCGAGCGUCCUUGCGGCCGGGGUAGUGGAGGGCGGUUCUGACGUGUAAGGGUUGCGCGUUUGCAUUUCCUUGCCGUCAGCGGCGAGCUGCUGUGCAGGAGGAGUCUGCGGGAGGAGAACACGAUGAGUUGUUCACGCGUGGCAGACGCAGCGAGUCGCUGUGCUUCGUCUCGAUACACGAAUCGUCGCCGAGCAGCUGCUAAUGCGGAGCGCGGAUGUUAGCUUGGGAAUGGUAGUGCGUAAUCUUGCAGUUGAGAUGCUGCUACAGAACCGGCUGUAUAUCGCUCUCUGGCUUCGAUUUAAGAAUGUGUUAAAACGUCGUCAUCUCGAUGAGAGAGAUCGAAGGUGUUUUUUUAUUUUACCACACGUACGUGCCCGACAUAUGUAACUAUUAAAAUAUCCCCAAUCCGAGAUCUGUACAUGUGGUUCGUACAUGCGGUGCUGGAGGUGUGAAUCACGUGCUAAUCGCACGUCUGCAGUUGACCCAAAGUACAGUAGUAAUACGAGGCAUGUAUAGGUACGUGUAUAUAGGAUACUGUAUACAAAACAAUAUGGGGUUACCAACGUGUCGCCUAUAUAACAAUAAUGGUUAUACUUAUUACUUGCCACGUAUUUAACGGAAUAAUUACCGAAUAAUACGGAAUUUUAGGGAAGCGUUGAUCGCGCAGAUGUGUUGCUAGAAGAGAGCUGCUUGCGCCACCACGCGUAGACGAUGUACGUACAAAUAUUAUGUAAGCUUGAUCACUAGUGUUUGUUGGCUGUUUACGUGCAGGUUUAGCGUGAAGUGUAGAGACGAUGUCACGGAAAUAAAUUGUCUGUAUACAAAUGUCAAA